UACUCUGUGCUCCGAGAAGCAGCUUCUCUCUGAUUUUCCUCUCACACACUCUGGUUUUUGUACUCUUUCCUGAGCUGAGAAGAGCAAACGCAGCAGCAGAGGAGCUGAUUCGCUCCUACUUUUUGAACGCCAUGCUGCCCUGGAAAAGGAAUAAGUUUGUUCUGGUGGAGGAUGAGGCCAAGACUAAACCCAAGAGCCUGGGGACGGGGCUGACCUAUCAGUCCAUCCUCUCCUCGCUGCUGCGCUCCUGUCCUGACCUGCUGCCUGACUGCCCCUUCGACUGGGUGGGCAACAUCUUCCACUCCAAAAGGCAGAAGGUGGAACUGAACAAAGAGGAGCCUGUUUACAAUGUGCGUUACCUGGGGAGCGUGGUCACCAUCACGGCGAAGGGAGACGGCUGCACCCAGGAGGCAGUGGCAAAGAUCUGGGCAAGGAGCAACUACGGGGAGCAAAGUGUCAAGAUGAGGUUAAUGGUGGGGCCACAAGGGAUCCGGAUGAGCACCGACAAAUCUGGGAAAAAGAAGCCGAUCCAUCUUUACUCUCUGAACAGAAUCACAUACUGUGGAGCUGACCCGUGCCGGCCCAAGAUCCUUGCAUGGAUCUACAGGCACCAGGUCAAGAACAUGGCCGUGGUGCUCAGGUGUCACGCCGUCCUGGUCAGCAAGUCAGAAAAGGCCCAGGCCAUCGCCCACAGCCUCUACCAGAACGCCACCUCUGCCUUCAGCGAGUUCAAGCGCCUGAAGCGUCAGAGUGAUUUCCGGCACUGCCAGCAGCAGCUGCUGGGGGAGGAGGCGGUGCCCCUCAUGCCCCUGAGGAGGCUGCUGAACGGACAGUGCCACUACAGACCGCCUGCAGAGAACCCCGGGAUAGCCACCCGCCUCUGCUCCAUCACAGAGGAGGAAGAGGAUGAGGAGGAUGAUGAGGACAUUAAGGAAGAGAAGCAGGAGAAAGAGGAACAAGUGGAGCAAAAGGAGAGGCAGCAGGUUUUAACGACAAACACAGACCCGACACAGUUAUUAUCCGAGUUGGACAUUGGGGAUAUUGCCAGACUGGAGCAGUGCCAAAUUAACUUUGUCAGCGACAGCAACAACAACACGUUUACAUUUAUAACCUCUCUGGUGUGACCAUUGAACUGUUUUAACAUGCGAUUCUGCAACACAUUCCUGUCUCUGCCCUUCACUGGUACCCCUCUCAGGCUCUCCCUCCUGCCCCCCCUGUCCACGUCAAGUGAAGUGUUUACCAGAAACUUCUGCAACCACCGGGCGGUAUAGAGAAAAGAAAGAGCUGGUUCUAUGGGGGUGAUUUUGUAUUCUGAGCAGAUGGCUCAGUGUCUGGUUUGACUGUAGCAGUUUGUGAAACUGUGUUUACAAAGAGGGCUGAUGAUGCACAGACUAACAUAGCACAAUGACGACCGAGGACGAUGUUUUUUUCAGAGAGCGCUGACGCUGAGAUCUCUGACACGAGGGUCACAUUUCGACCACAGCACCACGCAGGAUUUGUUUCUUACUCCUCUCUAGUUUAUUUUUGUGAGGCCGUGUUUGCCAGCAGGGACAUUUUUUGGAUCGACUUGUAAUAUUUUUUCAGGGAGGUUCUUUGUAAAUUUGUGUAAUUUUUUCUAACACGACAAUCCUCACUGAAAUCUUUCACAGACUGACCUUUGAGUGUUUACAAUCCAGAGAGGUUUGUUACGAUUUUAUUAAUGAUCACAGCCAACUAAUGAAUAUGGCUAUAAAUUAGGAAGCAAGCCAUUUAGUCGACAUGUUUAUUGCAGCCAUUUGUUACCCCUCUGUAUCAUUUAUGCAUGACAUGUCAGAAGUAACCUUUUCAUUCAGCUUUUGUCUUUUUACUUCGGUCACCUUUGAUCCCUUCAGCUUUGAAAAUGAACACUGUGAUAAAUGUGCGGCCAAGGAUGAAAAACACAACUGUUAAAGCAGAAAUGUCUCAUUUAUGUCAUGCAUUUUAUGAACGUAGAGUCACCUCGAAGAACAAAACCAUCUCACCAUUCCUCUACUCUUUUUUAGCAAAGUUUCAUGUUGCAGUUUUUCCACAUGAGCCCUCGCAAAAAUGCAGACGGACCCUUACAAUUCCACACAAACUGUUUUGAAUAUGACUUUAGAGGAUUUCCUGUUGAUACUUUCUGUGCCACUGUCUAAAGAUGCAUUGUGAUUCAUAUGAGAUGAAGCUAUUUAUUUACCAGAUACGAUGAAUAAAAUGUGCCCACACUUGGGUUUCCUUAUUGAA